AUGACGAUGCUGCAUGGCUCUUUGCACGUCCACGAGACGCUGCAGGCUUUCGAGGCAUAUGCUGCUUCUCUAUAUCCGUUGCUUGAGAGUUUGGAGAGCCUUCAAAAGGCUCUGAGGCUGCUGCUGAACCCUGAAAAUGUCGGUGGAUCUGGGACGGUGCUUGUGAGCCUUCGUCCUGUUCUGGAUAGAUGUAGCAUGGAUGACGUGGUCAAGUGGUGCUUGGAAAGCGCAGAAGGACCUGCUGCAGUGGCUCGGGUCACUAUUUUGGAGCAUGUUGUGUCUACGGCACCACUUGACCCAUCGUGGCGUCAGAUACUUCUUGCUGAAGCACCAGGAUUUCUUGCACUGACUCCGAAUUUGGUUUCCACCAAAUUUGGACAUGUUCUUGCAGGUCUUCUAACGGAAGAUCAAGCAUGCUCAUGGCUGAAGUCUUUGGGAGAUCAAGCUCUCGCUGCCCCUGCUGACACUCCUGGCCAAUUGGAUAGAACUGCGUUGCUCCAGGGAUUCGCUCAAGGAGCCACGGCCCUGCUUCAGCAAUUUCCCAGUGAAACCAUGUGUUCAGAUAUAUGGCGAGUCGCAGAUGAAGCAAUGCUUGGAGAUGCCUCAAGCAGACAAGUCUGUGUCCAAAGACUGUUGCCAAGCUUGGUGGCUUCCACGAGCACAGAGGUGGCUGCCAGCCGCAUUUCUGGAAUGGUGGAUGCUCUCUUGCGAACCAGCUGUGCGCAACACAAGCAGCCCAAUGCUGCUCCGACGAGAGAGGCAUUGAACCUGGCAGUUGCCUUCUCCAGCUUGCUGGUGGAUCAUUGGAAGUUGCAGUCUCUUCAAGGAGACCACAACGAAAUUGGAGUCGAAUUGAUAUCAAAUGCCUUGCGCUUUGGCCUCAAAGACUGCGGCAGCUUGCGAAAGCAGGCCCGUUUCUUGUUGGAAUCGGGCGUGCAGAAGGCCUUGGCCUACAAAGAAGCAGAGAGCCAAUUUCGCACCGCUGGGCUGAAUUUGUCUGCUGUCUCAUCAGCAUGGAGAAGCUAUUGGGAACUCUUCGAUACUUUGGAGGAUUAUUCCAGUCAUUUGAUUAAGUCGAGCUGGGAUGCCCUCAGCUCACGUUUGAUGCAGUACUUGUCUGAUCUGCCUAAAGGUGCCAGGGAUGAUUCGCGUCCGCCAGCGGUCUUCAGCUCUUUCUGGCUGGAGGCGUUCCUGGUUCGUGCGCUUGAUCAUGAUAAUGACAGUGUGCAGAAGUUUGUGCUGGGGCAGCUUAUGUGCCUAGAUCAAAGAAGUGCAUGCCUUUCAGAAAGCUUCAUCCUGACAGAAGUUCUUCCCAGAUUCGGACAUGGUAUUGAUAGCCUCUAUUCCCGGACGGAUGUCGAGAGAAACUUUGAGAAGCAGGUGAAAAGCUUUUUCCUUGGCUUCAUCGCACAGCAUCCAGAAUCUGCAGCUGUUGCAGCGACAAGGUUGUUGGAAGCGCUUUUCGAUGUCAAAGCAGUGCAUUUCACUCCUGUACGACUGGUAUUAUCUGCAUUGCUGGAUGUGGAGCUUGAUGAGCGAACCUUGACACUGAGUGGAGCGUUGGCCUUGGCAGACAGGUUUUUUAGCCAGGAAAUGCUUUUACGAAUGCCAGUGAGCAUUCGGCAGCUCCUGGCAUCCCUUUUCCUUCGAGUGCUCCAGCAUCUUACUGUCCGAGACCCUGGGAGCCUUUUGGCCAAAUUUGCCAAGACAGCUGCCAACAUCCCGGAUGCGUUGCUUCUACCUUUACGAGAUUUGCUUGGCAGCCUGGUGCAGACAUGCCUUGCCGAUGCUGACGCGGCGGCUGGUAUUGAGACGCUUUUGAAAAGCCUCGUCUCAUCUGAUGAUUCAAUGCUGCCAAUGGAAGCCAUCCAGCAAGCUUUGGGCGCUGUGCGACUCCUUUGGGCAUUGCCUCUGGGGAAACAGGAUCUGUUUGUGAGCAUGGUGUGGCCCGCGAUUGCCCCGGCUCUGCAGGAUUUGCACCGGCGCAGCUAUAUGCCUCGAAAAGCAGCUGUGUCUGCGCUUUUCGUCUUAGCUUACGCAGCCAGUUUGCUUCCUGAAGCUUUGACGUACGUAGAAACACAACCCGAACGUGGCGAGAUCCUCUCUUUUGUGGAGAGCAAAGCAAUGAUCUCAAUCGGGCAAGGGAGGCCAGACGAAGUGGUGCAAGAAGCGCCAUGGGUUUGGCUCUACGCCCUCGUUUUGGAACGGUUUUGGCACCCUGCGUCACAGACUUGCCAGGUGCUGCUGAGCAAAGCCAAGAACUUGCUUCAAGAGGGAGCCAAAGAAAGGACUGCAGCAUCAGUGCUCAGCAGCAUUGCUGCUGCUUCGCUGCUGGGUGCCCUUGCGCCUAAAGUGGACGCUGCCGAGCAAUGUGAAAUAUUUCUCCUUCUGCGCCAAUUUCAAGCGCCAGGAAAGCCAGCAGGAGUGGUGGACUCCAGAUUUGUCAUUGGUGUCACAGAGGACAACGGAAGGUGGGACCGAGUCCGAUUGGAGGAGUUUGAGGAUCUUCACCGCAUGCAAGGUGAAGGUUUAGGUCGCAUUCAAGAAUGGCGCGAUGCAUCAGCUGUUGUUCUUGUGGCCAAGUGGCGAGCAUUGUCACAAAUCGCCUCUUCACCGGGCUUCUACGAUAGCUUGUCCGCGCAUGUCCAUGGUGACAUGGCGGAGGUUGCAACAGAUAUCCUAGAGGAGCUGGACUCUUUACAAACGCCGCAUGUCGCAUACUGGGCCAUUGUGGCGCGUCGGUUGGCGUAUCCGGCGUAUUUCCAGCCCAACGUUCCAAGUGACAAGCAAGAAGAGACUUUGCAGCAGCUUUGCCGAUGCAUUCGUGGCUUCAUCUCACAAAGCAUUGGUGACAGUGCUGUCUACAUGUCCCGCGGUUGCAUGCUGGAGCUGGCUGCUGCACUCUGCGAUCCACAGCUCAGAGCAGCAGAGCAGCGUUUGGGAGCCUCGGCGCUCACGGCAUCAGUCCGAGAACUGCUUGCCCUUGGUGAAGUUGGCACAGGUGUGUCUCGCUCAGUGACAGUGCCAUUGCUUGCCACCCUUCUAGCAGAAACAGUUUCGCCAGACUGUCAGGCGAGCAGUCUUGCUUCUUCUGCAGACUUGUUGACAGCUUUGCUGAUGCAUAGCGAGUACACCAUCAAAGACGGUGCUUUGUGCCACAGCACUAUGCCAUGCGCAGGAGCUCUGGAUCCUCACGGACCUGGAGCUUCAGCAGCUUUGAGCUCCACGGUUCCAGAUGGAGAAACCCUAUCGAAGAAGUUUGGAGGAACCACAGGGCUUCCUCGCAUCCUUACAUUGACCGCUCUGGAUGCUUUGGCCAAGAAGUCAGAAGGCCAGAUGCCUGGCAUAAUUCGGGAGGUCUUGACCAGACUCCUAGGAACACUUCGCACAGAGUUGCAGAGCCUCCUGGACAGGCCAGGUGGAAACAACAAACCUUUGACUCCAAUGCCACUGAGCCCACAGCAUCGCCUCCAACUCCGUGGUUGGCAGGCAAUCUUGAUUCUUGGAUGCCACGCGAAGAACGACAAAGAAACUGCAGAAAUGCUCCUCUCAGAGCUCUUCUGGCACCUCAGGACUCCGCAUCUUCCAGAUGUGCGUGACUAUCAAGAACUUCUCGGCUGCCUUCUCUGUGCUAGUUUUCAAGAUCUAGCAAUGCGACACCUGGUCCCUGCAUUGGGCCGGUAUGACUGCAACAACCAAGUCAGUGCGUCUCUCUUGGUCAUUUGCAGUUUUCUCUUCCGCCAUUGGAUUUGUCUUUCAGCUCCGCCGCCCCAUGCUGUGCAGCUGCUGGUGGCAGUGGUGCCGUACCUGGGGCAUAAUUCUGCAUAUGUUCGAGGCACAGCUUCCUGGGGAUUCUACGAACUGAUGGAAGUUGCGAAAGCCAAUGGAGCCAUUGAAGUUGGAGAGGAGUGCGGCAAGCUACUGCUCGAUUUGCAUCGAUUUUUGGCCACCAACCGUGAAUGCCAAAAGAUGCGAAGACGAUUGCGACCCAUCUACCAAUCCUAUGACACCUCGAAGUCUGCAUUGGAGGCGUUGACGCAGCUGUCAGAAGUCCUUCCAUCAGCUGAAACUGAGAAGGAGAUCUUGCAGCCGUUGCACAUCUUUGCAAAUGGAGACUUCAAGCCUUCUCACACGUUUUUGGAGCUGCUGAAGGAGGAGGUUGCAAAGGAGAUGGAGAGCAUUUUCGAGGGAGAGGAUGCAAGCCAAUACGCUUCAUCAUCUGAGCACUGGCAGGAAGCUCAGCUUGCAGCACUACGUGCUGUCCAGCAACUUGAAGGUUCCAAAGAUGAAGUUCCAGAUCUUGUUGCCGUGGAUGCUGCGGGUGGAGCAUCAGGGUUGCAACGAAAGUUUGUGCCUCCAGCGCCGCCACGUUUGCCAGAUGAUUCAGGUAGCAUUUCGGUAUCAAAGCGUGCCCCUUUGUUGGUGCUGGCCUCUCUUGUUGACAAAUUGCCAAACUUGGCUGGUCUGUGCCGGACGUGCGAAGUCUUUCAUUGUGAAGCCUUAUGUUUGCCGAACUUGAAGGUGACGUCGGAGCAGGCCUUCCAGUCCAUCUCCGUGACAGCUGAAAAAUGGCUGCCGCUGCGAGGAGUACCCAAGCCGAAGCUAAAGGAAGAACUUUUGAAACUUCGAAAAAGUGGAUACGCAUUGGUGGGUGUAGAACAGACGCACACCAGUGUGCCGUUGGACCAGUGGAAUUUUUCCGAGAACACAGCUAUUCUCCUAGGUGCCGAAAAGGAGGGCAUUGAUGCAGAUCUGUUGCCACUGCUCGAUGGUUGCGUGGAGAUCCCACAGCAAGGUCAGCUGCGAUCCUUGAAUGUUCAUGUCAGCGGAUCAAUUGUUAUUUGGGAGUACGUUCGCCAGGCUUAACGUUUUGCCCUGUGACAUGAAGUGCAGGCGCGAAGCCGCGCUGUAACAGCGAACACUUCUGACACCUUGACAACCUAAGCUUAAUCUCAGCAGACAGCUGUUUUGAAAGUUUGCUGAUCGACCGAUCGCAGCGAGUUGCG